AUGCCCAAAAAGCGGACAUACAACUUCAAACCACUCCAAGGCUCUUCGUCGAAACCCUUUGCAGCACAACAUGGGCAUGAACCGACAAGUACCGUCAACGAACGCCUCAGCGAGCUGCGCAAAGUUGAGGCCAAAGAUGCCGAAGCGAAGAAACGACAACUAGCCGAGUCCGUGGCUCAGAGGUCAGUGCCGCCUGCAGUCCGCGAUAUCCUGGGCUUCCUUGCCUCUGCUCCGCCCAAGCCCAAGGCGAAUUUGAGGAUGCGGGAGAGGGAGAGGAGGCGAACACCUGGUCCCGCUCCUCCGAAGAGCUGGCUGGCGGGGGGUGGUUGUCGUCAGUCUUUGAGGCUUCAUCAGAAAGCUGAUGCCGCUGGGCGCAGGAGGUCGAUGCCGUUGUUAAGAUUCGCCCGUCUCGCGGGUCUGGAAGACGAUGCCGUCGAUGAAAGACCAUCGACCCUCAGCCAUCUCGCUCUGAAGUCUCUUGCCGAAGCAUGGGAUCUGCUGGAACCGGCGGACCACGCCCUCCUGGUGGACGUACCGUUACGACUCCGGCUGAGACUUAUAUCUUAUGUCGGGGGUAUGGGUUCCACGAUCGAUGCCUCUACCUUGCAGAUACUCCUCCAGGGCAGCGAUCCGGUAACGUGUCUCGAUCUUGCUGGCCUGCUUGGGCAGCGCAAUCUCAGCGUGAGACGGUUAAGCAAGCUGCUCGAAUCUAUGCAAUUGCCCUCGGCCGCCGAAGACACUAAAGACGCCAUCGUCGAGUCCUGGGACAUUGCCGAAUCCUUUCAAUCGGCGCUGACACUGGGCCUUCCGACUGCAAGAUUCGCCAAUCUAACACAUCUCUGUCUAUCCCACCCCAACCCAACAGUCUCAUGGCGAGACCUCCUGCACCUCUCAAAAUCGAUCCCUCAAAUCACCCACCUCUCACUAGCAUAUUGGCCCCGUCCAACACUAACCCCAAAUCUCUCCACCACCAUCGUGGCAAGCCAACACAGUCCCGAUGUCACGGCCGGCGGCUCGCACUACUACUCCAACCUCGACGACGACCUGAGCGAGCCCACUUCACUUCUCCGCCAACUAAGCACCCACCUUCUCUGUCUGCAGUGGCUCGACGUCGAAGGCUGUGAAGACUGGGCACCGGCGCUGGGGAGAUUGGCGUCCUCCUCCGACGAUGUGCAAGUAGUCUUCGCUGGAGACGACGAGUGGUCAACGUCCACGAGGCACACCCCCACGCCCUGCGUUUUCACCUCCAACUGGAAGAACCUACACUACGUCCGCUGCACUCAAGGCUGGGUGCCGACGUUGGCAGGCAUAAGCGGACAAGCGGAGCGCACACGCGGCUCCGGCAUCAUCGACAUGGUGAUAGUCCAGGACGUGAUGAAAUAUCUCGGCGACAUCGCAGCGGACAACAACGUGCUUGCCGGUGGCAUCGAUGCUGGGAGUUCAUACCCGACAAACUGGGAUACGCAGCUGGAUACGGAGAAGAAGAGGGCGCGCAUCUGGUUGGAGAGGGAGUGUCGGCUGACGUAUGCGUGUAUGCAGAUUCACACUGCGCGGCGGGCGCGCGGGUUGAAGGGGGUGGAGAUGGAUCUGGGGUGGAUUCGACGACAUAGUCCGCCCAAGAUCAACAGAUAG